AUGGAACAGAUCACUCUUGACUCCACAGCUCUUGAUGAGUUGAACAGUAUUGAGACCAGGACGCUCUUUGAUACCGCCGACAAGUUGUCUUCCCUGGGCGUCGGGAAAAUAGUUAACCUACCACAAAUCAUUGUCGUUGGAGACCAGUCGUCCGGAAAGUCGUCUGUGCUAGAAGCCAUAUCACACGUUCAUUUUCCAGUUCAAGGGGGUCUCUGCACCCGAUUUGCAACUGAGCUAGUUCUCCGCCCAGGCAGUCGAAGAUGUGUGACUGCAACUAUCCAAUUCGCGGAUAGCACCAAGCCGGCCCAUUCGUUGCAAGUUGCGGAUUUCAACCAAGCAGAUAUCGACAAGAUCAUCAGUGAUGCAAAAGAUGAAAUGGGAAUCUCUGGGACCGGCCGCGAGUUCUCUAAGGAUGUCCUGCGUCUAGAGAUCCAAGGUCCCGACAUGUACCCUCUUACGCUGGUCGACCUUCCAGGAAUUUUCCACAACGAAACAUCGACACAGUCAACUGAAGGUAUGGCGACGGUCAUGGAGCUGGUCGAAAGCUACAUGAAGAAGCCAAACAGCAUCAUUCUUACAGUCAUCGCCGCCAACAACCAGCUAGCCAACCAAGUCGUCAUGAAAAAGGCUGCGAAACACGACCCUGCUAAGACAAGGACUCUUGGUGUCGUGACUAAGCCAGAUCUUCUACCGCCGGGAUCCCCCAGCGAACAAGAGUACUUGCAACUUAUCCGAGGUCGCGAGGCCGUCCACAACUUGGGACUUGGUUGGCAUGUGUUGCGCAAUCGAGGAGACUACGAAACGGAUCUCGGUCCCCGCGAUACGGUUGAAGACAAAUUCUUCGGGGCAGGUGUUUGGGGCUCAAUUCCUACGGCAAAUCGUGGGGUUGCGGCUUUACGAGCGAAAUUGAGUCGUGUAUUGCUUGAACAUAUCAAGAGAAGCCUUCCAUUCGUUGUUCAAGACAUACAAGACAAGCUUUCUGACCGAGAGGCUGAGCUAGGCCGAUUGGGACAGCCCAGAAAUAGUCCGGAAGAUAUGAGAGCCUACCUUCUUGACAUCGCCAGUAACUUCCAGAGAUUGGUAGGCGAUGGCAUUCGGGGGCAUUACAAUGACCCGUUCUUCGGCGGCUUCAAUGGUACGGAGCGGAAAUUAAGAUCCAAGCUCCGGAAUUUCAGCCGGGCUAUCCGACACGUCUUGCUUGACAUUGGAUCCGCCCAGAAGGUUUCUGGCAGUCGCUAUGAUACUUCACAACAGCUUUCGACACCUGAAUAUCUUGAAGAGUAUCUCGACCUAUACAUCGACGAUCUCCCUCGCCCUGAACUUGUUACCUGGACAGAGCUAUCUGCCGAGUUGGAAGGUCAGGCGGCGGCGAAUCAGGGCACAGAGUUCCCAGGAUAUGUUAACAUGGACAUCGUGAUGCAACUCUUCCAGAGACAGUCAAAACCGUGGGAGCGCAUUGCUCAGGUUCAUCAUGAGGAAGUCACCAAAGUUGUUAGGGUCUUUGUCGACGAAGCAUUUGAGCACAUCGUCGGACCGCCCAGCUCAAACAACACGACAGAUGCCAUUUUGUCCACUUUCGUGAAUAGUUUCUUCAAUGAAAAGGAACGGCUGCUCUCAGUUAAGCUGGAAGAACUCCUGCGGCCAUUCAAGGAGGGAUACGCACGACCUCUUGAUGCUGAUUUUCAAGAGGCCAUUGGAAAGGCAGCAGCUGAGCGCACCGCCGCCCCAUCAGAAUCCGGAACUAAUUUGGAAGAGCAGAGGGGUGUUGCGAUUUUGUCACAACCCAGCGAUGACUUUGGGACCGAGCGUAUUAUUCACACGAUGCAAACAUUUUACGAUAUGGCGCUCCGAACGUUCACGGACAACUUGAUCAACCUGUCUAUCGAGAGUUGUCUGAUUCAGGAUCUUCCCAACCUCUUCACGCCAAGACUUGUGAACGAUAUGGACAAUGAAAAGCUAGCAAAGUUUGCUGCUGAGUCUCAAGAGAUUCGUAGCUACAGGUCUCAGCUCCAGAAGGACAUCAAAGUUCUCCAGCAAGGGCUUGAGCAAUGCCGUCGAUACAGGCCUAGAGCAACAGCAAGGGUUUCUUCUUCCGCGCAAGCAGCACCACAAUCGCCGCGACAAAACGUCCGUGCACAGGGAAGUUCGAACAGUGCCGUGUCCCAAGCUCCGGAAAGCACUUCAAAUGCGGCGCCGCCGGGUAUCGGAUUGUUUGGCAGUUCAUCGCUUGGAAAGAGCUUCUCUAAAUUGGCGAUUACGUCGACGACACCGUCCGCUACAAGCAAUGGUUCCUUGUUCAAUAACCCAGCUACAGGCACUGGUACUGGAAAGACAACUGGCUCAGCCUCAUCCUCUGGGAAAACGAGUAUGAUAUUUGCUACCAACGCGGCGACUCCAUCCCCAACUCCGGGCGAUAACAAGCCACGGUCAGGUGGAAUAUUUGGUUUCGAUGCCACACCAUCUCCGGCCUUUGGAAGUACGGCAACACAACCAAAUGGCAACCCCAACCCCUUUGCAUCAUUCAUUUCAUCGAGCAGUGCGUCUCAAACAGUUUUUGGGAAAACACUUGGCGGUAACGCUGGGGCUUCAUCGUCGGUGAACAAUAAAACCAAUGCCUCUUCAGGAAAUCCCUUCGCUCACCUUGCGCCGACUCCAUCAAAUUCGAGGCUGGAUAUCGAGGUCCGCGGUACGCUCCUCGAUAUCCAGCAACUGGCGCAGCAGAUUGUCUGCUAUUUCGAGGACAUGAAUUACGCAGAAGGAAGAACGCACUUACUGAGGUUACCAAUUCCACUGCUUCCCCAGCCAGCAAUUGACCUCAAUAAUCUGUUCCACGAGAAAAUGCAAAAGAAAGUCUUUAUGUUCGAAUGGGCCGAGCGGCGCCAUAUCAGCAUCCAAGGCCCUAUCGUCCAGGGUCCUCAAAUCCUCUCUCUUCAGGAUGGAGGCAUGUCCGUUGAGGACCACACUGUCUCGAUAUGCAUAAUUAUACCAAGACCAAAGCGCAGAAAUAUCGCCUUCAACGACGCUGUCACAGCCAGUGGCAACACGGCCAGUGAUGGUUGCUCGCUUCGAGAGGAAAUGCCCGUGAAGGGAUCCAUCAACUCGCCCAUUGCUGAGUCACAAUGUGUUACAUCACUAUUUGAGUGCCAGGUUGGAAAUAUCAUUAUCCUCGAAGAGGGUGAAGUAAUUUUGGUACGAGAUCUCGACAAGGGGGUUAGAGAAGGACGUGACAUUUGCAUGCUCACGGCUCUGCAUGGCACAAACAAUCACAAGGGCAGUAAUAUGUGA